CCGGCUGCACGUAGAGAGUUUGAAGAAACUGGGUAAACAGGCCCAGGGCUGCAAGAUGGUGACUUUGUGGCUGACAGCCCUGCAGCCCUGUGGCCCCAAACACAUGACUGAGCCAGUCACCUUCUGGGUCCGGGUCAAGAUGGAUGCAGCCAGAGCCGGAGACAAGGAGCUACAGCUGAAGACGCUGCGAGACAGCCUGAGCGGCUGGGACCCAGAGACCCUGGCCGUCCUGCUCAGGGAGGAGCUGCGGACCUACAAGGCGGUGCGGGCCAACACGGGGCAGGAACGUUUCAAUGUCAUCUGCGACCUGCUGGAGCUGAGCCCCGAGGAAACUCCGGCCGGGGCCUGGGCCCGAGCCACCCACCUGGUGGAACUGGCUCAGGUGCUCUGCUAUCACGACUUUGCCCAGCAGACCGACUGCUCUGCCUUGGAUGCCAUCCGGGAAGCCCUGCAGCUUCUGGAGUCUGUGAGGCCCGAGGCCCAGGCCGAGGAUCGGCUUCUGGAUGAUAAAGCACAGGCCCUGCUGUGGCUCUACAUCUGUACCCUGGAGGCCAAAAUGCAGGAGGGUAUUGAGCGGGAUCGGAGGGCCCAGGCCCCUCGUAACCUGGAGGAGUUUGAAGUCAAUGACCUGAACUAUGAAGAUAAACUCCAGGAAGAUCGUUUCCUAUACAGUAACAUUGCCUUCAACCUGGCUGCAGAUGCUGCUCAGUCCACAUGCCUGGACCAAGCCCUGGCCCUGUGGAAGGAGGUGCUUACAAAGGGGCAGGCCCCCGCUGUGCGGUGUCUGCAGCAGACAGCAGCCUCCCUACAGAUCCUAGCGGCCCUCUACCAGCUGGUGGCAAAGCCCCUGCGAGCUCUGGAGGUCUUCCUGCUCAUACGGAUCGCCUCCCAGAGACUGGAGGACCACGCGAAGGCAGCCGGCUCCUCCUGCCACGCCACCCAGCUCCUCCUGACACUCGGCUGUCCCAGCUACGCCCAGUUGUACCUGGAAGAGGCAGAAUCAAGUCUGAAGCUUCUGGAUCGCACCACAGAUACAUGCCUGCUCCUUUCCCUGACCUGUGACCUCCUGCGAAGUCAGCUCUACUGUGCUUGCCAGAAGGUGGCUGAGGGUGCCUCUCUGCUGCUGUCUGUGCUUCGGGACCCUGCCCUCCAGAGGCCAUCCAAGGCCUGGUACCUGCUGCGCGUCCAGGCCUUGCAGCUUGUGGCAGUCUACCUGAGCCUCUCAUCAGGCAGCCUCUCGGCCUCCCUGUGGGAGCAGCUCUGUGCUCAAGGCUGGCAGACACCUGAGAUAGCGCUCAUCGACGCCCACAAGCUCCUCCGAAGCAUCAUCCUCCUGCUCAUGGGCAGCGAUGUGCUCUCGGCUCAGAAGACAGCUGUGGAGACACCAUUUCUGGACUAUGGUGAAAAUCUGGUACAAAAAUGGCAGGUUCUUACUGAGGUGCUAAGCUGCUCGGAGAAGCUGGUCUCCCGCCUGGUCCACCUGGGUAGUGUGAGCGAAGCCAAAGCCUUUUGCUUGGAGGCCCUGAAACUUACAACAAAGCUGCAGAUACCGCGCCAGUGUGCCCUGUUCCUGGUGCUGAAGGGGGAGCUGGAGCUGGCGCGCAAUGACAUCAACCUCUGUCAGUCGGACCUGCAGCAGGUUCUGUUCUUGCUCGAGUCUUGCACAGAGUUUGUCGGACUAGCGCAACACCCAGACUCUGUGAAGAAGGUCCACUUGCAGAAGGGGAAGCAGCGGGCCUGGGUGCCCCAUCCUCCAGAGCUUCCAGAGGAAGAGCUUGUUCUAAGAGGCCCUGACCUGGAGCUGGUGGCCACCGUGGCCAAGGAGCCUGGCCCUGUAGCACCUUCUACUAACUCCUCCCCAAUCCUGAAAACAAAGCCCCAGCCCAGCCCUGGCUUCCUGACCCAUUUGCCCACUUGUGACUGCUCACUCUGUGCCAGCCCUGUCCUCUCAGCAGUCUGUCUGCGCUGGGUGUUGAUCACAGCGGGCGCGAGGCUGGCCAUGGGCCAUCAGGCCCAGGGCCUGGAUCUGCUGCAGGUUGUGCUGAAGUGUUGCCCCGCAGCCAGUGAGCGCCUCACCCAAGCUCUACAAGCUUCCCUGAAUCACAAAGCACCCCCCUCUCCUGUCCUGGGCCUCUUCGAUGAGAUCUCGGCUCAGGCAUACGCACAGCUGGCACUGGAGGGGCUGAGCCAGCCGUCAAACAAGAGCCUGGGGAAGAUCCUGGAGUUGGGGCUAAAGUUUGUGGUGGCUCGGAUACCCCACCUGGAGCCCUGGCGAGCCCACCUGCUCUUGGUUCAGGCCCUUGCAAAGCUGGCUAGCCUCAGCUGCUGCACUCCUCGACUUUUUGCGAGCUCCUGGGGCUGGCAGCCACCAUCAGUAAAGACCCCUGCAGGCUCAGAACACUCUAAGCCUUGGAGCCAAAAACAUUGUGGACGAAGACGCCAGCAAGAGGUCUCUGCUACCCUGCCGCUCUCAAAUACCUCUCUGAAAGGUCUGGAAGGUGGAGGACCACCCUGUACACCUAAGCCCCCAGGCCGGGUCAGGCAGGGUGGCCCUCGUGUCCCCUUCACUGUGUUUGAGGAAGUCCUCCUUACAAAGAGCAAGCCUGAGGUUCCCAAGGCCCCCAGGGUACAACAGAGGUCCCAGACACGCCUCAAGGUGAACUUCAGUGAUGACAGUGACCUGGAAGACGCUGUCUCAGUUGGGGCACGGCUUGCAGAGGGACCCAAGGGACGGGGCACUGCUUCCCGGGGCUGCGGCCGGGGCCGGGGCCGGGGCCGGGCCAGGAAGGGCCCGAGCGUGAAGACAAACUCGGUGGCCGCCCAAGGCAGUGCCCCUGGGCACCCUGGCCUCAGUGGUAGAAGCCGGAGGGUCAAGAAGCUGGCAUCAGGACAUUGUGAGGAGCUGGGCCCCGAGAUGAUGAGGACCAUCCUUGAGGAGGAACUGACUGACAAGCAGAUGGAAAUGAGCUUUGAGAUCCUCAGGGGCCCUGAUGGGGAAGACUCAGCCUCAGGAGAAUGUGAGGUGUUGAGACGGGAUGCCAGCAAAGAAGAGCUGCCCGUCCGGGGCCCAGACAAGGAGAGAGACAAGGAUCUUGGUCCUCCGCUCCGACUCCCCUCGGCCCCCGUAGCCGUCAGUCUCUCUAUCCUGGAUUCCAUCUGUGACUCACUAAGCAUUGCUUUCCGUGGGGUCAGUCACUGCCCUCCUAGUGGGCUCUACGCUCACCUCUGCCGCCUCCUGGCCUUGUGCCUGGGCCACCGGGAUCCCUACGCCACUGCCUGCCUUGUCACCGAGUCUGUCUCCAUCACCUGUCGCCACCAGCUGCUCAUCCACCUCCACAGGCAGCUCAGCAAGGCCCAGAAGCGCCGAGGAUCGCUUGAAAUAGCAGAGCAGCUGCAGGGGCUGAACCUCCAGGAGAGGCCUGGAGACAUACCCCUGGCCCGCAUCCAGCGCCUCUUUUCCUUCAGAGCAUCGGGAUCUGGCCACUUCCCCCAGCCUGAGAAGGAGAGUUUCCAGGAGCGCCUGGCUCUGAUCCCCAGUGGGGUGACCGUGUGUGUGUUGGCCCUGGCCACCCUCCAGCCUGGAACCAUGGGUGACACCCUCCUGCUGACCCGGCUGGAAAAAGACAAUCCCCCAGUCACUGUGCAGAUCCCCACUGCCCAGAACAAGCUUUCUGUGAGUUCAGCCCUGAAAGAGUUUGAUGCCAUCCAGAAGGAACAGAAAGAGAACAGCAGCUGUACUGACAAGCGGGAAUGGUGGACGGGGCGGCUGGAACUGGACCGCAGGAUGGAGGUUCUCACCACUUCCCUAGAGAAGUAUGUGCUGGGCUGCUGGCGGAGGCUGUUGCUGCCAUCCAGUGAGGACCCCGGCCCUGCCCAGGAGGCCUCCCGUCUACAAGAAUUGCUGCAGGAAUGUGGCUGGAAGUAUCCUGACCCCACUCUGCUGAAAAUCAUGCUCAGCGGUGCCAGUACCCUCACCCCACAGGACGUUCAGGCCCUGGCUUAUGGGCUGUGCCCAGCCCUGCCAGAACGAGCCCAAGAGCUCCUGAGUGAGGCAGUAGAGCGUCUACAGGGUCAGACGGUACCAAGCAGUAGGCAUCUUGUCUUGGUGCUGGACAAGGACCUACAGAAGCUCCCGUGGGAGAGCAUGCCCAGCCUCCGGGCCCUGCCUGUCACUCGGCUGCCCUCCUUCCGAUUCCUACUCAGCUACUCCAUCAUCAAAGAGUCCGGGGCCUCGUCGGUGCUGAGCCAAGGUGUGGAUCCUCGCAGUACCUUCUACGUCCUGAAUCCCCACAAUAACCUGUCAAGCACAGAGGAGCAAUUCCGAGCUCAUUUUAGCAGUGAAGCUGGCUGGAAAGGGGUGGUCGGGGAGGUGCCGAGCCCAGAACAGGUGCAGGCGGCCCUGGCGGAGCGUGACUUGUACAUCUAUGCAGGGCAUGGGGCUGGUGCCCGCUUCCUGGAUGGGCAGGCUGUCCUGCGGCUGAGCUGCCGGGCGGUGGCCCUGCUGUUCGGCUGCAGCAGUGCAGCCCUGGCUGUGCACGGAAACCUGGAGGGGGCUGGCAUCGUGCUCAAGUAUAUCAUGGCUGGCUGCCCCCUGUUUCUAGGUAACCUCUGGGAUGUGACUGACCGUGACAUUGACCGCUACACAGAGGCUUUGCUGCAGGGCUGGCUUGGAGCAGGCCCAGGAGCCCCACUUCUGUACUAUGUCAGCCAGGCCCGCCAGGCUCCCCGACUCAAGUAUCUUAUUGGGGCUGCACCUGUAGCCUAUGGCUUGCCUGUCUCCCUGCAGUGACCCCCUUGGAGCUCUCCUGUUGCUGAUAGAAGCCAUGUGACUGUUCUACCUCCAAACUUAGAUUUGGCCCUUACGAUAAAUAUUUUAAAUGAUUUUCCCCAGUGUUUUAU